AUGGCCAUCCUCGGCGCAGAAAACCCGCACGAUGCUUCUGGAGCUACGGUGACGGUCAUCGAACAACAGACUCCUGGUGGAUUGGCGACGCCUAUGGUAUGGACUUCCGUCGCGGUCGUGCUAAUUGCCGCGACACAAUGGGCUCGUCGAUGGCUUGUCUCUGGUGCGGCGAUUGAGUCGCUGCUGGUGCUCUAUGGGUAUGGGCUUGGGUGUAGAAUAUUCUCUGACAUACCAAUCUGGACUCUACUGGCCACAUUCAAUCUGGCAUACGCUGUUUGCUCGACUUCGUGGCUGUUCUGGACCGUGUUUACGGUGUUGUGCUACCCGAUCAUAGGCAUCACCUGUUUGCUCCAGUUCAAGGUCGUCUCGGAAGCGGCGAGGAAGAAUCUACGUCGCGUUCUCAAGGAACUUCACUUCACUAGGGACAAGAUUGCGCUCUUCAACUUGCCGGCUCUGGAGAUUGACACUGAUGUUGAUGGUCUGUUUGUGGUCCGGGGAGUCACCAUCUCAUUGUCAACCUUGACGCUCGUCGCGCACGGCAUUGAGUUGGGCAUCAAGAUCGGCGAUGACAUCGAGUUCGCUGCUUGCGUAGACAGGGUGCACAUUGAUUUGUUCAGACGGGUAGAGGUCAGCGAUGUGUACGGAAGCGUCAAAGGUGGUAAGCCAGAGCUGUUCUUUGGCGACCUCGACAGCGAAGGUGAUCAUGCCGACGAUUCUAUGCCGGUGUUUGGCGAGACUGCGCUUUUACGUGCAGCCACGACAGGUGCCGAAGGUUUCAAGGAUAGGCCGAAACUUCGUACCUCUUUGACAGGCGUCAGCUGGAUGAAAGACUCGACGGCCACUGCUGGCUUCAAGUCAGUCAAGACUCUGUCGGCAGACGACGAGAAAGCCGAGGCGCAGUAUCUAGCCAUGCUCAAGGAGAUUCGCACGACUAGCACAUCUUACCAGGCCAAAGCGCAGGUCAGGGCCAAGGCAGCCGCAGGAGAGGGAUUCACCGAACUCGAGAACGACAAGGACGUGCGUGCUGCGAUGUGUGCUGAAUUGCACACUUUGCCGUCAAUCGCCCACCCACCUGCACGAUCCGUGCGUGUGACAACACUACAGAAUCUUGCGCCACCGAGGGUUCGAAAUUUCAUCCAGAGGCUGCCCUUCCUGUAUCGAUUGCUACUUACAACUGUGGCGUACUUCCACCGCAUCUCGAUCAAAUCAAUCAACGUGGCGGCCUCGGGUCGCUUUACUGCGGCAAUGCUGCAAGCCAAAGUCUUCAAGCACUAUUCCACCGACAGCGCGGACAUACGGCGGCUCGAGACAAGAGUGAAGUCAUGGCUAGCGGACGCAAACUUCUGUCUACAGCUCGGCGACAUCAGUUCCCAUGCCCAGGUACCACUGAGCAGCUCCUACGAGAUCACAGCCUAUCUCAAGGCCGACGAUGUUGUGGCUUCACGCAUGGUACCGGAGCAAGGGAUUCUGGAGAGGGUAAUAAGGCUGGCUGGCGCUGAUGCCACUUGCUUCAUCCCUGCUUUCCUGAUACCCCACCACGAGCAUGUUGUUCCGGACAAACUCUCUACCGAAGACGAGCAGAGCUAUGAGAUCAAGAUUGAAGACGCGGAUGGAGAGCCAAAGGCCAAGCAAGGCGAGAUACAGCUUGAUCGAGCGCGGAAGGAUGAGACGGCAAUCAGAGUCAGCGCGCACGCGAGUCUGCCGGCAUCUUUCGACCAAUCUCUCCUCGACUUCACAGCUGCUUUAGUCAAAGCGACUAAGAUCAUCGAGAUCGAGAAGGAAUUCGACUAUGUCGCUACAGGUCUUGACACCCCUCCCGUCACCACACCCACAAGCCCCACUUUGACUCCAGCAAGUACAUUCAGCACCUUCGACGACGAUGCCUCAAUCAAAUCGACAAGCAGCGGCCAUUCAAAACUCGGCAACCUGGCCAAGAACAUCCGACAGAAUCUAAAGGAGGGCGGUGCAGGUCAGAGCAUUAAAGACCUUGCUAAGGAUCUGGGUCAUUCGACGCACAAGGGGAUGAGGAAGGCAUUGGGGGGAAUGGUGAGCGAUCGCUGGAUCGCGAAGAUGGUCGGGAAGGUGGCGAAUAAUUUGCAGAAGGCGCAAGGGGAUUUGGGAUAUUCGGCUGAGAUACCCGUGAGGCUUGCGGGUUAUAGGGCGCGGCCUGGGUUGGCUUCGAAGCUUUUGCCUUGA